AUGCGAACAUGUCAGGAGUGUAAAAAAUCCGAGCUCGAGUGCGAAUGGUGCCAUAACACGGGGUGCACAAAAUUUCCACAUCUCCACUGCCCCAAGAAAAUUCUGAUCGCCCAUUUGUUCAACAACAAAAUGAACACGUCGCAACCGGCCUGCACGAGAAUUGUCACAAAAAGUCCCAUUUUCGUUCCGGCGAACGUGAGACACGCCAUAAAGCUGGAAAUGGAAAUCGACGAUAUAAUGCUGUUCAAAGGUAAAGUUAUUUGCGAAAUACACAUUGAGGAGAGAUUCAUGAAGGUGCACGGUUUCCUUGAUAAGAAUAUAGUCUACUGCGACUCGCACGUAUUCAAAACUACAAGCGGCGUCGCACUAGGCUCGAUACGUUUGCGUUGGCAAAGUAUCGUGCCCUUUUCGAACAGCGUUCUGAUAAUAGCGUACAACUGUCACGCCCUAGCCGAAAAUUGUAACCAGUGUCAAGUGUUAAACAAAAGGUUCAAUUGUGGAUGGUGCGAAGUUAAUUCUAAAUGUGGAUUGAUAGAGGAGUGCCCGUUAGGUUAUGAACCAUGGUUCGACGAAAAUUUCAAAUGCGAAAGUUUGUUCACAGCCGUA